CAACAAUCGCGGAUCACGAGGCUUAUCGGCGCUUUUCGUCCCUCAGCUUCUGUGGGUGAUUUGUUGUCGGGAUCUCUCUGAAUCCUUGACACCGUCCGUGCUUCACCCGCCGAUCUCGACAACUCUUCAUCCCAAAACGGACUGCGGCGAGAGGACGCAGUUUGUAUACAGCAAUGGCCUCCAACUACUCAGCUCGACAGUUCUCGGCCAUGCUGCGUAAGAGCCAGCCUCGGGUCGUCGCCUACAGCACGCGACGCCUCGCUUCCACCUCCGCUCCUCAGACUCAUAACCCUGCUUACCCUCUUUAUCCUUCUGUUAUCUCACUCCUCCACCAAAAGGGCAUUCCAGAGUCCGAAGUUUCCAAAAUCCCCGCUUCCGGCCCCAAAGGCCGACUUCUUAAGGGCGAUGUCCUCGCCUACCUCGGCCUCAUUCCGUCAGACUAUCCCGCUUCGCAAGCAGCGCGGAUUGAGAAGCUCGCUCACCUCGAUCUAAGCAACAUCAAGAUCGCUCCUCCUCCAGCACCACCAGCACCAGAGUCGGCACCGGCAGCCGAAGAGCCAGUCGUUAAAACGCCUCCUACAAUAUCGGUCGCGGUUUCGAUCUCCUUGGCUACUGUUCUCCGUGCUCAGAAAAAGCUUCAGAAGUCUGUUGGUGUGACAAUUCCUCUAUCCACCUUCGUCGCCCGGGCCGCUGACCUGGCCAACGACGAUCUUCCUCGGUCACCGUACGCUAAGCAAUCCGCCGACGAAAUUUUCGACGAGCUUCUGGGUGCGGAGCCCGUCAAAGUCUCGCGCGGUGAAUACAUCCCUGAGCUCAACGCCGUUGACGUUACUCCCGAGGUGCGAGCUGGUCAUACGGCGAAGGAAGAUCUCAUCGAUUUCCUUAGCGGUUCCAAAACGACAAAGCGCAGUCCACCUGCAGCCGCGAUCGAUUCAUUUGAACCUGAACAAGCUUUGAAUGUUUUCAGCUUGACUGUCCCGGUGGGCGAGGAGAAGCGAGCCCGAACCUUCCUGGAGCGCGUCAAGACUCUCCUGACCGUUGAACCAGCCCGGCUGGUUAUAUAGACUAUUCUCACUUCUCAUAAUUUUUUUUGACCUUGUAACAAUCGAAGUAGCGACAAAGAAGACAUAUUCGUUAUGUUAUUUAGCAUUCAAUAUGGGAUAUCACUAGUUUACCUACCUGCAAGGAACCAU